AUGCGCAAAAGCCAGCGCCGCUGCCAUUGGUCGCUGGUGAGGAACAGAUUGAUGACACAUCCGAAAAAUAGGAAGUGGCCACUACGGAAGCUGUUCUGGUCCAGAAAGGCUGCCAGUUUGGAGUCGUUUGCUGCGCGGAGGGAAUGAAUGGGCGCUGGGAACACGCCCGCUAGGUGGGAACGCGCCAGCCGUAGCGAGGGCCUUAGCGUGUGAGUGGCCUGGGUCUGGUCGCUUCCCCGCAGCAUGGAGGACGAUGCACCAGUGAUCUACGGGCUGGAGUUCCAGGCACGUGCUUUAACACCUCAAACUGCAGAAACAGAUGCCAUUCGGUUUUUGGUUGGGACACAGUCUCUUAAAUAUGAUAAUCAGAUCCACAUCAUAGAUUUCGACGAUGAAAACAACAUUAUAAAUAAAAAUGUCCUCCUCCAUCAAGCGGGUGAAAUCUGGCACAUUAGUGCUAGUCCUGCAGACAGAGGUGUGCUGGCGACCUGCUACAACAGAACUUCAGACAGCAAAGUCCUGACAUGUGCAGCCGUGUGGAGGAUGCCGAAGGAAUUGGAAUCAGGCAGCCACGAGUCCCCUGAUGAUUCAUCCAGCACCGCGCAGACCCUGGAGCUGCUCUGUCACCUUGACAACACAGCCCACGGCAACAUGGCCUGUGUCGUGUGGGAGCCAAUGGGAGAUGGGAAGAAAAUCAUUUCAUUGGCCGAUAACCAUAUCCUGCUGUGGGAUUUACAGGAAAGCUCAAGCCAGGCUGUGGAUAUCCUCUCGCAUUUUCUGAACAGACUUCACAUUCUUCUGCUUUUCUUCUUCCUUUGGAAAACAUCAUGGCGCUCGCAGCUGGCCAGCUCAGCCUCCCUGGAAGGGAAGGGACAGCUGAAGUUCACCUCGGGACGGUGGAGUCCGCAUCACAACUGCACCCAGGUGGCCACAGCGAACGACACCACCCUCCGUGGCUGGGACACCCGGAGCAUGAGCCAGAUCUAUUGCAUAGAGAAUGCCCACGGGCAGCUGGUGCGCGAUCUUGACUUCAAUCCCAACAAGCAGUACUACUUGGCCAGCUGCGGAGAUGACUGUAAGGUGAAGUUCUGGGACACCCGAAACGUCAGUGAACCCGUGAAGACCCUGGAGGAGCACUCCCACUGGGUGUGGAACGUCCGCUACAACCACUCUCACGACCAGCUGGUCCUCACUGGCAGCAGUGACAGCAGAGUCAUCCUUUCCAACAUGGUGUCCAUCUCGUCGGAGCCCUUCGGCCACUUGGUAGACGACGAUGACAUCAGUGACCAGGAGGACCACCGUUCCGAAGAGAAGAGCAAGGAGCCCCUGCAGGACAACGUCAUCGCCACCUACGAGGAGCACGAGGACAGCGUCUACGCUGUGGACUGGUCCUCGGCCGACCCGUGGCUGUUUGCCUCCCUGAGCUAUGAUGGGAGGCUCGUGAUCAACAGGGUGCCCAGGGCCCUGAAGUACCACAUCCUGCUGUGACUCCCGGGCCUGAGUUAUCCGGGUUCCACUGGGUGGUUAUGCUCUUGGCGGGUUCUCAAACAGUCACAGCUCUUUGGAGGUGACUCAUUUUCCAGGUGAUUCGUCUCUGGGAGAGCCGCUGUUCCCUUCCUCUAGCAGCAGCGUUUAUGAAUGGGGUGAAUGGGGCUGUUGUCGACGGCACAGCUAACGCCCGAACCCAGCCCGUCGGCAGAGACGGAGCCCCACAUUGUUAUGGGAAUAACGUUUUCUGUUUUAAGGGUGUUAGGAGUUUCACUUUUUAAAAAAAUGUUCCUGCAAUAGUAACCCUUCUUUCUCUUCAGAGUAAACAAUGAAAUAAAAUAAGUCCACGCUGCA